ACCGCGGGUCACGGGUGCGUGCGUAUCUCGGAUCGACCAACGACGUUGUCCCGUCAACGUUUGAACGUCCCUACGUUCCAAUUCCAAUUUCAAAACUGCAUUUUUGACGACAAGAAUUGGGAAACGUUCCAAAUUUUAAAUUUGAAUUGUCAGUGACAGCUUUUGUUUUUUUUCUGGUUCGUGUUUUCAGUGGUCUUUAUUAGAAAGUUUGGUGUUGCGAGUUCGAAAGUGUUUUUGAAUAGUUAGUUUCUAAAGUCUAGUCAGCUAAGUGCAAUAUAAUUAUUUAUAUGGAACCUAAACAAAAUCAAUCUACUAUGCCAGUGAGAAUAAAUAAUAUCUAAGUCUACCACAAGCGCCAUCAAGAUGCUGCGGUUAAGAAUGCGUCCGACCUCUCCGGCGGUCGGAGUUCUAGUGACAGUUUUUAUGUGUGCGAUGCUCGAAAUAACCUCCGUGGAGGGGGAGCGGCAAGAACCACACAAGUAUACCAUAGACGAACUAUUGUCUAUGGACUUUGAGAUGAAAGAUUCGGGCGACCUCGGCAUGGAUCCUUGUAAAGCUGAAAACUUCCAAGGCGACAUCGCGCUCCCCGACGCUGACUACCUCAAGAAGCCCUCAAACCCCCCGAGCGCGUCCAAGAUCAACAAGUCCUUACAAGAGGAGGUGGAACGACUGAAGAAGGAGGUGCUACUGGAGGGUCUGCAGGUGGAAGAGGAAGGUCUGACGGAUAUAUUGAGGAAGAGGACCAAGCAGCCGGUGCCGCUGGAGAAGCCGAAGAAGUAUAAUGACGCGGCGUUGGCGGCUAAGAUAUUGCCGGCAGGUGUGGACAAGUCCGUCGCAUUAAAAAACGGAAAGCUCCAGCCCGGUGAGACGUUGGACUCGGUCGAGAGGGCCACAUCCGUCUCACUCAAUCAAUCAGCCGCCCCGGACAACCUCACGGACUCUGAAAGCCUAGAACAAGAUGGCGUUCUAGUCGUUAACAUAUCCUCCGACAACAUGCUCAAAUACAACGAGUUCUACCCGAGAAUACAAUUCUCGAACAACAGCAACAAAAUGGACGAAGUUACAAACAAGAUACAGAGCAAUAGUAGAGAGAUAACUGGUGAUUCAAAAAACAAUUUAAAGUUCAAAGAGAUGCCUGACAAUGUGACCGUGGCACCGGCGCCUACGAACGGGGUGCUGUCUAACAGCGAUGUAGACGAUGACAUAGUGAGGUCUGCGGAGAUUAAUAAGACGGCGCAAGAACUGGAUGCGAAGUUUUUUGAUACUAACGAGUUGGUGAAGCCGACGGAUACCGUGCCAACUCUGGCUGAGAACCCGGCCAAUACGCGGAGGCGGCGGCGCCGCAGGCACGGUAAUGGGAGACGGUACAGAAACGUGUCGGGCGAGCGAGUAGGCAAGAACUCCUUACGCUCAUCGGAGGAGAAUCAAAACCAGAACGAGUCAAAGUUCGUUCGGAAAACGUUUUUUCGUCACCACAAAAAGCACAGCAGCAAAGAAAGGCAGCGCGAGGACGAAAGGAAAGAGUUCGAAAUUCCUGAACACGAAUUCGAAGAGAAAUUCGAAGUUAAACCGCCGCCAAAGGUUAACUUCUCGAAGCCGUUGGAAGAAACGCAGCAAUUUCAGAACUGGUUUUUUCUCGACACGUCCAAGGAUUUAGACGCGGAGGAAAGUCGCGUCGAAAAUGUAACAGAGACGCGACACAAGAUAAGAAAGCGCCACCGCACCCCCAGGGCCGCAACAAACCGUAAAGAACGCAUCUGGGAAAACGGAGUCAUACCCUACGAGAUCGACGGCAACUUCAGCGGAGCCCACAAGUCGUUGUUCAAGCAAGCCAUGAGGCAUUGGGAGAACUUCACAUGUGUGAAAUUUGUGGAGAAGGAGCCCGAUCACAAGGAUUAUAUUGUGUUUACGGAACGGCCGUGCGGAUGCUGUUCAUUCGUGGGCAAGCGCGGCGGCGGCGCCCAGGCCAUCUCUAUCGGCAAGAACUGUGACAAGUUCGGCAUCGUGGUCCACGAGCUCGGCCACGUGGUGGGGUUCUGGCACGAACACACCCGGCCGGACCGGGAUCACCACGUGCAGAUCAUCCGGGACAAUAUUAUGGCUGGUCAGGAGUACAACUUCAACAAACUGUCAGAGGAGGAAGUGAACUCACUCGGACAGACGUAUGACUACGACUCCAUCAUGCACUACGCCAGGAACACUUUUAGUAAAGGCACCUACCUGGACACCAUCCUGCCGCUGGAGGUGCACGGCAAGAAGCGUCCGGAGAUCGGGCAGCGCGUGCGGCUCAGCGCCAGCGACGUCGCGCAGACCAACCUCUUGUACAAGUGUGCUAAGUGCGGGAAGACCCUGCUGGGCAACUCCGGGUGGUUCAACUCCCCCGGCUGGGGCGUCGACACUAGCGCCGCGGCCGAGCGCUGCGAGUGGCGGAUCGUGGCAACUCACGGGGAGAGGGUCGUGCUCAAUAUUACUGAGAUCGACAUCCACAAGUCGGAAGACUGCCGCUCGGAGUGGGUGGAGGUGCGCGACGGGUACGCCGCGGACGCGCCCGUGCUGGGCCGGAUCUGCGGCUCGGGGAAGGGACCAGUCAUGAGGUCGUCCGGGUCCCGCCUGACCGUGGUGUACCAGCCCGGGGCGAGGCCGCGCCCUCAGAGAGGGUUCCGGGCGCAUUAUGAAGCUGUUUGCGGAGGAGACAUAGAAGUGGACAGCAGCGGCCACCUGGAGUCUCCGAACUACCCUGAUGACUACCAGCCCAACAAGCUUUGUGUCUGGAGACUUACUGUGCCACAGGACUACCAGGUGGCUCUGAGAUUCCACUCGUUCGAAGUAGAGAACCACGACACGUGCUCAUACGACAAGGUGAAGGUGCGAGAUGGUGACUCCAUGGACAGUCCUCUUAUUGGCAUGUUUUGCGGUUACAAGAUUCCACCGGAUAUCAGGUCCACAUCCAACAAGCUGCUCGUGAUCUUCGAGUCGGACAGCACCGUCCAAAAAGCCGGCUUCUCCGCGACCUUCAUGAAGGAGUUCGACGAGUGUGCGUCCAUCGAGCACGGCUGCAGCCACUCGUGCGUCAACACGCUCGGCGGGUACGAGUGCUCGUGCGAGAUCGGGUACGAGCUGCAUUCGGACGGGAAACGCUGUGAAAAUGCAUGUGGUGGAGUUCUUUACGCUCCGAACGGCACGAUCACAUCACCCUCGUUCCCUGAUCUCUACCCUCCCUCUAAGAACUGUCUCUGGGAGAUAGUUGCUCCACCGCAACACAGGAUUACGCUCAACUUCACUCACUUUGAUUUAGAAGGGAACCACAUGUACCAACAGGAAUGCGAGUACGACAGCGUAACGGUCCAUUCAAGACUCGGGGCUGAUGUUUUACGAAGACAUGGAGCUUUCUGUGGAUCCGUACUGCCUCCUCCCGUCACUUCUGAUGGAUCAGUCUUAAGAGUUCAAUUCACAUCAGACCCGUCAGUGCACCGCUCAGGCUUCGCAGCAGCAUAUUACAUCGACGUGGACGAGUGUGCGGAGAACAACGGCGGCUGCCAGCAUGAGUGCCACAAUACUCUGGGAGGCUACGAGUGUGCUUGUCACAGCGGAUUCACUUUGCAUCCAAACAAACACGACUGCAAGGAGGGUGGCUGCAAGCAUGACGUGUCGCAGCCUCAUGGGACUAUUGUUAGCCCCAACUACCCUGAUACAUAUCCUUCGAGAAAAGACUGCGUAUGGCAGUUCUCUACCACUCCUGGUCACAGAAUCAAGCUGAUCUUCAAUGUCUUUGAAUUAGAACCUCAUCAGGAAUGUGCUUACGAUCACGUGACAAUAUACGAUGGGGCUUCAGCUGAUGAAAAGACGCUGGGACAUUUCUGUGGCAGUAAACUACCACACCCGGUUGUGGCAUCACAGAACCAAAUGUACGUCGUGUUCAAGUCUGAUGCUUCCGUGCAGAGGAAAGGGUUCUUGGCUACACAUUCAACUGCCUGCGGCGGCUACCUAAGCGCUUCCGAAACAGUCAAGCACCUCUACUCCCACGCUCGCUACGGGGACGAUUCCUACGAGUCCCGAGCUGACUGCGACUGGAGCAUCGUGGCGCCGACCGGCUGGUUCGUGCGGCUCACCUUCCUGACCUUCGAGCUCGAGCCUGAAGCCAACUGCGGAUAUGAUUAUGUGCAAGUGUUCGGAGGGCUGGAGGGUAGUGCCGGGGAUUAUGGCACGUUUUGUGGGACUAAGAUGCCACCAGAAAUCGUUUCAACCACCGAAGCUCUCCUAGUGCGUUUCCGUACAGACGACUCAGUAAUGUUCAAGGGUUUCUCCGCAUCCUACCAAGCAGUAAAACCGGAAUGGAGCGACGAGGACAGCAUAGAGGGGGGAGAGGACGAGGAGGAAGAAGAAGACGAGAGGAUGCCCCCAUUGGUGGUUGGGAGGCGCGGCCUCCGGGCCCCGGUACCACGGUUCGUGAGGCGACCGGCGUGACGAUGGCCUCUACCACGACAGCCGAGGCAGAGGCGGCCGCCGCACCACCGCAUGCAUCACGACAGGUUUUAGGAAACAGAAUAACGCCCGCGCUAAAACACCAGAUUUAUUUGUUCAAGUUUAUGAGGUUUUCGGAAAGUAUGUCGGUGCCGGAUUGUCUGGAAAUCGCAAGUUAUUUUGAGUCUUUUGUGUGUGAUACUCUUUGGUAAUAUCUGGCUUUUUAGGUAUUAUUUAUUUAAAUACAUAAGGCUCAGAUGUCUUAAUUGAUUCAGCGGUUGACUCGCAAAAUAAUAAGCUAUUAGUAGUGCAAGUUUAGUAAGUACAAUGUGCAUAAUUAACUACAAGAGCACACCAAUUCGGAAUUGACCAUUAAUUUUCACGACUGAAAAUUGUACAUAAAUUAUUCAUAUUGUUCGUAGCAUAAUAUUAUUCCAUAGGCAUAAUUAUUAAUGUUAAUGUAACUAGUGGUCUACUUAAUAAUGCAAGUUGAAAUAGGAUGGAUGGACCGUUAGGUAUAAAUCUAAGUCAAUGUUUGAACUAUUAUAAUAGGUAAUUUCAGCAAUGAAACCAAAGUAUGUAGUGCCAUUUUAGGAAAGUAACUUAGUAGAUAGUUUAGAUAACGUAAUGUUAUUUACUUUAUGUUAAUAAUACUUUAGCAUAGGUGCAACAUAAUAAUUAUUAUCCGUAAUA